AGGGGCAAGGCGCAAACUGAUAGCAGAGCAAUCACCAUCAAGCUUGGGCUCACUGCACGGGCUCGGCUGCCAGCUUCCUGCGGUACCAGCGGAGUGAGGAUGGAGGAGGGAAUGAACGUUCUCCACGACUUUGGGAUCCAGUCGACCCGCUACCUCCAAGUGAAUUACAAAGACUCCCAGGACUGGUUCAUCUUAGUGUCUGUGAUCGCUGACCUCAGGAAUGCCUUCUAUGUCCUCUUCCCCAUCUGGUUCCAUCUUCGAGAGACUGUGGGCAUCAAACUCCUUUGGGUGGCAGUGGUGGGGGACUGGAUCAACCUCGUCUUUAAGUGGAUUCUUUUCGGACAGCGCCCAUACUGGUGGGUCCUGGACACGGACUACUACAGUAACACCUCGGUGCCACUGAUAAAACAGUUCCCUGUCACCUGUGAGACUGGACCAGGUGAGAGUCCCACGUUCUCUUAUGGUUACCUAUUCUCUUGCAGGUGUUUGAACAUCAUCCUGUGGUUAGGAUACUGGGCUGUGCAGCUGAACGUCUGUUUGUCUCGGAUCUACCUCGCGGCUCACUUUCCCCACCAGGUUGUGGCUGGAGUCUUGUCAGGCAUUGCUGUGGCUGAAACUUUCAGCCACAUCCGGGGCAUCUACAAUGCCAGCCUCAAGAAAUAUUGUCUCAUCACCUUCUUCCUCUUUGGCUUCGCCCUCGGAUUUUACCUGCUGUUGAAAGGCCUGGGGGUAGACCUUCUGUGGACCUUGGAGAAAGCCAAGAGAUGGUGCGAGCGGCCGGAAUGGGUCCACCUCGACACCACGCCCUUUGCCAGCCUCUUCAAAAACCUGGGCACCCUCUUCGGGUUGGGGCUGGCCCUCAACUCCAGCAUGUACCGGGAGAGCUGCAAGGGAAAACUCGGCAAGUCGCUCCCAUUCCGCCUUGCCUGCAUUGCGGCCUCCUUGGUCCUCCUGCACCUCUUUGACACUUUGAGACCCCCAUCCCAGAUUGAACUGCUCUUCUACGCUUUGUCUUUCUGCAAGAGUGCGACGGUUCCCUUUGCCUCUGCCAGUCUCAUCCCCUACUGUCUAGCCCGGGUUCUGGGCCAGACACACAGGAAGUCUUUGUAAGGCAUGUGGAGGCUUUAGUAUUUAAAGUCAACAACCAUGCAAAGGACUGGAGACUACCAAAGCCUUCGGCAUCCUGAGGCCAGAAGUGUUCACAUCAGCCCUGGUAACCCUGUCUUUCUCUGCUUUCCUAACCAAAAGGGUGAAUUUUUAAAUGCUUACAGGGCUGUUUGAGAAAAACCUUGAGAGCUAGAAGUUGGGUCAUUCUGGAAUCUUCCCUGAAGGCCCACGUGCCAUUCUCCUGUCAGACAUAGAUCCUGACUGAGAAUUCUCUCCCUGUGCAGGAUGCCCCCAGCUGGGAAAAGAGCACAGUGCAUUUGCAAGGAAGAGAAAGAAGGACCAGGAGGAGGGGCAAGUGCUUUCUGUAUUGAGCAGAUCACAAGCCAAGCCUGUUAUGUCUGAGUCUUUAGAGGACACUCUUGAUAAUGGCAGACCACCUUAAAGUGAAAUGAGCAGUCAGUUAAAGGCAGGAAUUCUGCUGCCCGCUUUUCUCUACUGGGUCCCGAAUGGCUAUUGUGACUAUGUCACUACGUACGUCAGAACACACAGGCAUCAGCAACUUCUCGGUCUGUCUCCUCCUCAGCCUAUGUCUGAGUUUCCUAGAAUUCUCCACUGGUCCCCUGCCCCUGCGGCUGGACCCUUAGAUGGCCAGUGGACAACUGUUUGGUGGUGCUUUUUGUAGGGUUUAGUGAAACUCU